AUGGCUGGCUUCAAGAAAGUGGCCCCCAUGAACCCUUCACCUGAUCCGUUUUAUUUGGAUAUCUAUGGAUGGGACUCCGCAUAUAAUUUGACCAACGACGGCGACACUCCCGAAUAUAGUGAAUAUCAGGAUAUUCACAUCAGUUCGAGCUAUGAGUAUGUCCUCGAGAUAUCCAGUGAUGCUUACCGGUUUGCCGGCGUAAUGAGCACGUUUUUCCUCCGUACUUUCGACUUCAAGUUCAACGUUUCUGAAAUUUGCGACAUCCGGGAUGAACAUGGUGAGCUUUUCAGCGGGGGUUAUUACGUUUCAGGGGAGGGCAACGGGGAGCAGUAUUUCUCUCAUGCCAUUACCACGGCAACUAUUACGGGUUACUUGGACCAGCAAAGCGCGUGGAUCGAGACAGGAGGAUAUUUCGGCGCGAGUAAUAGAGGUACAAGCCUCAUUGGGUGGCUCGAUAUAGCUUUUCACGGGAGUAUCGAUGACGAACGGUCUGACAAGUUGGUCUUGGGGGAAAUAAGCUAG